AACAAUUUUCUGAUGACUGGCCCGAAGGCUUAUCUCAUAUACUCAAGCAGUGUGGCAGCUGGAGCACAGAGUGGAAUUGAGGAGUGCAAAUAUCAGUUUGCCUGGGAUCGUUGGAAUUGCCCAGAGAGGACACUGCAGCUCUCAAGUCACAGUGGUCUACGCAGUGCAAAUCGUGAAGCUGCUUUUGUGCAUGCCAUCAGCUCAGCAGGAGUCAUGUAUACACUGACAAGGAACUGCAGCCUUGGAGAUUUUGAUAACUGCGGCUGUGAUGAUACAAGAAAUGGGCAACCUGGUGGUCAAGGAUGGUUAUGGGGUGGAUGCAGCGACAAUGUCGGUUUUGGAGAAGCCAUUUCCAAGCAGUUUGUGGAUGCUCUUGAGACUGGACAAGAUGCCAGAGCUGCCAUGAAUCUCCAUAAUAAUGAAGCAGGACGGAAGGCUGUGAAAAGUACCAUGAAACGGACAUGCAAAUGCCACGGUGUCUCAGGAAGUUGCACUACACAAACCUGCUGGCUCCAGCUACCAGAGUUUAGAGAGGUGGGCUAUUACUUAAAAGAAAAAUACCACAAAGCUCUAAAGGUUGAUCUUCUACAAGGAGCUGGUAACAGUGCAGCUAGCAGAGGGGCCAUAGCUGAAACAUUCAGUUCGAUUUCCAAAAAAGAGCUGGUUCACCUGGAAGAGUCUCCUGACUACUGUCUGGAAAACAAAACACUAGGACUUUUGGGUACAGAGGGCAGAGAAUGUCUCAAGAGAGGUAAGAUGCUCAGUAAGUGGGAGAAGAGAAGCUGUAAGCGCCUUUGCGGAGACUGUGGGUUGGUGGUGGAGGAGAGAAGAGCAGACAUGGUAUCCAGCUGCAACUGUAAAUUCCACUGGUGCUGUGCAGUGAAAUGCGAACAGUGCAGAAAAAGUGUGACUAAGUAUUUUUGUGUCAAAAAGGAAAAACGGGAGAGGAGCGGAGGCGGUAUAACACGCAAGAAAGAAAUAAAGCUAAAGAACAUGUGAACUGUGCUUUUAUAAUCCUAUGACAACCCAUAAUAUAGUGCCUUUUUUAUAACUGGACCUUCAAAUUGCAUUCAUACAUUGGCUACAAGAAGAAAAAAAACUGUACAGGAAGAAAUGAUAAUUUAAAGUGUACAUGUCAUUAUGCCACACUGCCAUGCCUGUGCACAAACAUACCCCUAGGAAAGAAGUAGUGGUGUAAUUAACAGAUAACUAGCGAAUAUCGAAAUAGAGACAUAUUACAAAA